AUGGUUUCUUCUGAAUUGCAUAAAUUAAGUUACUGGGAGGAAAUAUAUGUAAACGAAAAGAAAAACUAUGAAGAAUCAAAUAUUGAAUUAGAAGAAUGGUUUGAAGAAAAUUGUGAUAAAAUAAUGAAUUGGAUUGAUAAUAAAUUUAGCCAGAAUGAAGAAAAGAAAAAUAUAACUAUCCUUGAUAUUGGAUGUGGAAAUGGGUUAUUUUUAUAUAAAUUAUAUGAGAAAGGAUUUAUGAAUUUAUAUGGUUUUGAUUUUUCUUCCACAGCUAUAGAACUAGCCAAAACAAUCUUUGAGAAUAGUCCUAUAUAUGUAGAAGUUAUGGAUAUAUGUUUAAUAGACAAAGAAAUACAGAAUUCUAAAUUGAAUAAAAAUUAUAAUUUAAUAAAUGAUAAAGGUACAUUUGAUGUAUUCUUUAUGAAUAAUAAAACAAAUGAAUAUUUUAAACAAAUUUCUUAUUUUUUACAGGCUAAUACUUUUUUUUGUAUAACUUCAUGCAAUGCUUGCAAAGAUGAAUUAUUACAAAUAAUAAAUGAAUUCAAUAAAAAUAAUUUAAAGAUUGAAUUAGUUUUAAUAGAUGAAAUAUUUUAUGAAACCAUAACAUAUGCUGGUAUUAAGGGACAACUCAUAACUACUUUAAUUUUUAAAUGUAAAUAA